AUUAGCGGUGUGGAUUUACAAGUAUUGUGUAGAAAGCCGAGUUGAAAACACUUCAGUUGUCUUUAUCGCGUUUUAAAAGUAUUCAUUAAAAUGAACAUUACAAUAAGAUACGAUACGCAUGUUUAUAAAUUCGUGUCUAAGAAUAAUAACAGAUCAUACUUUCGAGUAUUGGAUCACACAAUGUUUUACUGUCAAUCAUUAUUUUUGCGCGAGGUAUGCAAAUAUUUAAGUUUGACGGUUAUAAAAGACGUUUAAAGAUAGAUAGUUUGGUAUGAAUAGCAGUAGAUAUAUAAAGCACUUCCUAUAACGAAAUACACGACUCAAGUAAAAUGACUGUAAUGGCGGCGUCAGGUGAAAUUAUGUGAAAUAGUAAUAAAUUUUACAUUCGAUUAUCAAUUACUGGAGUAUUAAAUUGAAACAUGUGCAUAUAGUAAAAUCAUUACAGUAUAAUAUUUAUUCUUUUUUAAUUUCAUAACUGGUCUUGUAUUCAAAGUAGAUCAUGCGUGAACGGUGCUUUGGAAAAAUUUUCAACUACGUCAUUUUAUGUAUGAGUUUGGUGUCGGGAAAGGAUGCUGACACGAACUUGAUCACAAAACUUGAAGGAGUUUUGAAAACAAAUAUGUCUUCCGUUGCAUUUAACUGGACAUCAGAGAACGCUGUUGACGGAAAUGUUGGUCCCGAUCCUGAACAGUGUCUCUGUUGUAGCGGCACAACAUAUAAUACUAUAUCAUGGUGGACAGUAGAUCUUGGAAAGAAGUAUCCCAUAGAAAAAGCGACUAUUUAUAGCAGAGAAACAGAAAAUAAGUUUGGACAGUUACAAGGAUUCCAAUUAUUCCUGCGAAACUCUUCAGAACAGACAAAUCAAUUGUAUUAUGAUGAUAGCACCACAACUGAAACAAACACUAGUGUGUUUGAUAUUUUCUUGUCAAAUGUGCUGGCAAGAUAUCUUACAAUACAAAAGGCUGGCAUACUGACGAUAUGUGAGAUUGAAGUAUUUGAAGGAGAUUGCAUGAUUGGGACAUUUGGAGAGGAAUGUUCUAAACAAUGUCACUGCGCUGAUAACAGAAUAUGCGACAGAUUUACCGGCCAGUGCUCUACACCUGUUUGUAAAAUAGGAUGGAUUGGAACAGCGUGUGACACAAAAUGUGAAGUUGAUGCUUUCGGUGAAAAUUGUGGAGAGAAAUGCUACUGUGCUGGCAACACAACUUGCACCAUUGAUUAUGGCAUAUGUCCAGAUAAUUGCAGGAAAGGUUACUUUGGAACUCAUUGCAAUAAAGUUUGCCCAGAUGGUGCGUUUGGUACAAACUGUAAUGACAAAUGUUUUUGUGAUGGUAACGGAACCUGUUCAAAAGACGAAGGAAUAUGUCCAGGGGCAUGUUUAGCAGGGUACAUGGGCGUACAUUGUAAUAUAGCCGAAAAAGAAGAUAAGCUGAACCUAUUGCUGGUUAUAGGUGUGUCUGCUGGCGGAGGAGUGUUGGUCAUUGUAGCAAUUGUUUGAUGUAUAUUCUUCUACUGGAGAUGUGUACAAAGCAGGAAUGAAAAGGUAGAAUAUAAUCAAGGGAGCCAAGGAAAAAGUAAACCAAAUGACAGAAUUGACAAAGAACAU